UAUAGUAAUAGGCGUAUAACUUGGUCCUUAUAGCAAGCUUCCUGGGUCCCCUUGAUUGAUUUUGUAUCUUUUUUUCAUAAUUCAUCGGUGAUCAAUACAGGUGUGACAAAAUGCAAGUAAAAGGCAAGAGGCUUUUUAUGUUUGUGCUGAUGUUGGUGCAGUGCGCAUUUAUUGUGACUUUUGUUCUGUGUGUGGAAUAUGACAACAAUGCAAAACCUAACAUUGACAAAAAUAUGCAAGGUUCUGAAUCAGCUCAAGGGAAAACUCCAGGGAAUGACAGAGUAAUGCAAACCUAUCCAAGUUUCCAAGAUGUGCAUGUUAUGAUCUACAUCGGUUUUGGGUUUUUGAUGACAUUUUUGAAACGAUACGGAUAUUCUGCAGUCAGCAUCAAUCUUCUCCUAGCGUCUUUCUGUGCACAAUGGGCCAUCAUUGUAAGAGCCGCCAUUUCCGGAAACUGGACAGUUGGCGUCAUGGAAAUGCUUACCGCAGACUUCGCUGCAGCAACAAUUCUUAUUUCAUUUGGAGCUGUUCUUGGGAAAACUGGUCCUCUUCAGCUUCUGAUAAUGGCCUGUAUAGAAAUAGUCCUGGCGCAAGUUAACGAGCACAUUGGUGUGCAUAUUCUGCAUACAGCUGACGUUGGAGAGUCAAUGUUCAUCCACGCUUUUGGUGCUUACUUUGGCUUGGCUGUGGCAAGAGUAUUAUACAGUGAAGAUAUCGAAAGAGCAAGCGGCAAAGAGGGUGCUGUGUACCAUUCUGACUUGUUUUCAAUGAUAGGUACAGUAUUCCUCUGGUUGUACUGGCCUAGUUUUAAUGGCGGUGCCGUCGAAGGGGACCAGCAACACCGAGCCUUCGUCAACACCUACCUCUCCCUCCUCGCCUGUACCGUCACAACUUUUAUAGUCUCCUCCCUCGUGGAUAAGCGCGGGAAAUUUGAUAUGGUUCACAUUCAAAACGCUACUUUGGCCGGUGGUGUCGCGGUUGGGACCUCAGCCCAUAUGCCGAUCCAGCCCUGGGGUGCCAUGCUUUUGGGGACCACUGCCGGUAUUAUAUCUGUGCUCGGAUACAAGUACUUAACCCCUUUGAUGGCUACCAAGCUCAGAAUACACGACACUUGUGGCGUGAACAAUCUGCAUGGAAUGCCGGGAAUUUUGGCAGCUAUAGGUGGUGCUGUUGCUGCAGCUAUGUCAAGCAAAGAAACAUGGGGAGAUAGCUUAUACUCCAUUUUUACCGCAAUGGAGCCAACGAUGAUUAACACCACCAUGACAACAAACGCAAUGACAGCUAACGUCACAGAGGUCAUGGGGAGGUCAGCGAUGGAACAGGGCGGCUACCAGAUGGCGGCUCUCUGUCUGACCCUGGCUAUAGCCAUUGUGGGCGGGGUCAUUACGGGUUUUAUCCUUAAAAUUCCGUUCCUUGAUAAUCCGACCGGGGAUCUCCUGUUUGAUGAUACAGAUCAGUGGAAUGUAGCCGACGAAGGGUUUCCGAAUUCCGGGGAACUACCACUGAACGGAAAAUCCGGUGACGGAGAGUCUAAGGAUGACACUAAGAUUCGUAUGCUGUGAAGAAUUUUGGGAACUUGCCUCUCACAGAACGACAGCCAUUUUGACAAGUCAUGAUACAGUACAUUUACAUAUAUCACCUUUAGAUUGUUUGGCUAGAUUUUGAGAGAGAAAAAAUUCUAUUUCAAUCGCAAAAUGUGUUCUACCUUUUAAAAAUUGCUGUCUAUAAUGUAAAUGUGUUCAGUUGAAACUAUCGAGUUUAUACAGGAAAUAAAAACCAUGCCUUUUCUCUGCAUGCAAUAUUAUAUACAUGUAAUAUCCGUAGAAUCAAAAUACGGUGUUUCAUGAUUAAGUUUCAGUAUUAAAAACAUUCUAGCAAAGAAAUGUAAUAACUAAUACCAGUAAAGCGGUAGACUUAUUCCAUACUGUGGGUUUCAUUGAUAUUUGGGCAUUCAUUUUUUCAACGAUACCUCAAGCAGUGCCAAAUGGUCCUAUCAAUUCAAUGUGCUUAUACAUACUGCACUUCAUUGAACACUUAGUUUUGCGAUUACACGUAAGUUUAAGUACAAUUUACCAACAAAUUCAACAACGAAUUUUAAAAUCCGCGAAAAAGUAAUGAACGAAUGUUGAUGAAGCCACGGUAAAUUCUGGUUAAUCACAGAUAUGCUAUAAUUAUUAGAAAGCAUCUCUGUUUUUAGCAAAGACAUCUUAAUCAUAUUUACAGUAUUAUAAAGCUGUAUCUUUUAAUUUUUUGUAGAACUACUAACAUGCAUGCGCUGCAUAUAUAUAUACAUACCCUCAAUCUAUUUUCCUGUUUUACUCAAAAAAGUUUGUGAUUUACAGGAAAAUGCCUGAAAAAGUGUAGAAGGCAUAUUUAUAUCAAUAUUCAUUAUUUUAUUUCAUAUGAUGAAUAAUGUGUUUUACAUUGUAUAUUUUUGCUAGAUUAUCAAUAAAUAAAUUUUAUAUAAAAAA